AUGCCGCCUAAAGCCAUGCUUCCCGCCAACAUCCCAUCAUCCGCGGCGUGCCCCACGAGUCUCAAGCCCAUCGCGCCCUUUGUUCAGAGAGCCGCCGAGGUCAAGACUGCCGAUCCUGUAGUUGCAUACUGGUGUUUGUACAACGCUGCCCGGCUGGGCUUGCCUCUUGCGAAAUCGCACGACGCAGAAGCCAAGCACUACAUCGACCUGAUUGUCAAGUAUCUUGAAUCGAGUAAAAGUGCACUGGCAGGAGAGAAAGCUAUCAGCGAUACGGAUGUUGCGUGUGAGAGGAUCGGGCAGUUCGCGGAGCAUAUAUUUGGCAGUGCAGAUAACGAGGAUCGCACAGGUGCCGCUACAAAGCUGACGGCAAAGAAAUUCCUUGCUGCUGCUAAUUUCAUGCAACUCCUCGCCAUCUUCGAUCGAGAGCGUGACGUGGCUGAGAAGAUCAAGUACGCCAAGUGGAAGGCGUCUGAUAUCGCGAAAGCGCUGCGUGAGGGUCGUGUCCCGCUGGCUGGUCCAGCAGGAGGCGACAACUCGCCAAUAUCCGAACACCCUUUCUCAGGUGCUGCCGGUUUCCCGGAUACCGCCGCUGAUGGACAGACGCCGUUCACAUCAGGCAACAUCUCCCCUCCAAGAGCAGGCACAAUCCCGCAUACCCCUAGUGCGUGGAGCACAGUCGCCACCCCAGGGCCGGAUUAUACAGACGAGAGGAGGCGAGAAGGCACGCACUGGCCCCAGGAAAGCCCGACUCCUGCUUCGGGCCAGGGCGUUCGAGCCACUAGCACUGGUCACGCAGGAGACAAGGGAGAUGACGAGGGAGGGGAGAGUGAUGGCGGGUAUUGGAGCACAGUGUCUACUCCGGGGACGGCGUUUGUGGACGGCAAGCACUUCUUUGCACAGCAGCAACGCCCACUGCCACCACCUUCUCCGCCCACACAGCCGUCGCGCAUCUCAAGCGCGCCUGGUUCAUCCAGCUAUGGCACGCAGCCGCCUACCAAUCCCAAUGUUCGUCGCGUUCGCUUCACAGAGAGCACUGCUGGUGGCUCAGAGGACCUCAACGACCCGGCGCCUAUGUCCCCCAUCGACGAACGCCAAGAGACGCCUGGCAUGCCGGACCUUCGGACGCCAACUGUCACACCCAACAUUGCCAGCGUACCUCCGCGCUUGUCGCCGCCUAAGCCGGUGAAUAUCCUUCCCACCCCACGGGACAAGUUAGAAACACUGCCCUCCGUUUUCGAUGAUGAACCAAGCCCUCCUUUGAAGGAGACCCAGCCACGUCGGAGCAGUAGUAAUUCACCUCCUCGGAACGGACUCCCCUUACGACCCUCGAUCACAACAGGUGUACCGCCGCCGACCGUAUCGAUUGACACGCCCGCGUCAAGCAGAGAGAGUUCAUGCAUUAUUCCAUCCACCAUUCCGAUGGCUCAGCAUGAGCGCCGACCUUCACAGGACAGGCAGGAUAGAGGUCCGCCAACCAUUGAUACCAACGUACAUCACAUUCGUGGGCGGAGCAACUCCGGCUCUACUCCGGUUGGUCCACCGUCGGGGUGGACACCUGUGAGCAGGAAGGACAAUGGAAGUGCCUCGAUUGUCCAGGGCCAAGGCCUAGAGAGAAGGUCCAGCGUCACGAAUGGCCGAACACCAAUCACCCCGGAGAACGGUCCUGCGAUGGCAACACCAACUGGCACACGUGAUUCACGAAAUAGCCUGCUUCGACGUGGUGGACCCCCCACAGUUGCUCUUACUUCUGCAAGAGAACGGCGUGGGAGUGGCAGUUCGAGCGAGCCGAUCGACAGGUCCUUCCUUGCUCCCCCUUCCGCCACGCUUUCCCGUCCCAGCCAGAGCUUGCAGAAUUCGCCGUCUCGUGGCGCUCAGUUUCCUCUUCCAGACAGCAGCACCAGCUCGCGCAACCCAUCCCCCGACAUGGGUCAUCAGUACAAACCUCUGCCCGGCCAUGCCCCGGCUGCCAAAGGCACACCGAUUACCCCCUCCGCGCCAGUCUGGAACGGUACAUCUGUUUCGGGGCGCCCCUCUUCUCUCCUUCCUUCAGCACCUGCCUUGGCGCCUUCUGCUCCAGUACCUCCGCCAGUGCCAGACUUCUACGCGAUGAGCCAGGCAAAGAAACACGCGUCCUACGCCAUCUCCGCACUCAGUUUCGAGGACGUUGCCACAGCCAAGAAGGAACUCCUCGAAGCACUCUCCUUCCUCGGUGGUCCGUAA